UGCAGCUUGACACAGAUAGCUAACAACUUCCCGGGUCAACUGCGCAUGCGAAAAGUGACAGCAGCAACGUUCAGUCGGCAGACAGACAUUUACAUUUCUUUCUGGUCAUCAUUAGUGUGUGCGCUUCAAAGAGCAUACACUUACUGCGCAUCUUUUUGUCGGCGACUUUUAAUACACUUAAAAUGGUGUUUUACUUCACAAGUGCCGUGGUAAACCCUCCCUACACAAUCUACAUGGGAAAAGACAAGUAUGAAAAUGAGGAUCUAAUAAAGUAUGGAUGGCCUGAAGACAUCUGGUUUCAUGUGGACAAGCUGUCUUCGGCUCACGUGUAUCUGAGACUGCCGAAGGGUCAUACGAUAAGUGAUAUCCCGCCGGAGGUGCUGAUAGACUGCGCGCAGCUGGUGAAAAACAACAGCAUUCAAGGCUGUAAGAUGAACAACAUCAACGUGGUUUACACACCAUGGGCCAACCUGAAGAAAACGGGAGACAUGGACGUCGGCCAGAUUGGCUUCCAUCGACAAAGAGACGUGAAGAUCGUGGCAGUGGAGAAGAAGAUCAACGAGAUCGUGAACCGCCUGGAGAAAACAAAAGACGAACGCUACCCUGACCUGGCAGCGGAGAAAGAGUCGAGAGACAGAGAGGAGAGAAACGAGAAGAAAGCUCAGCUUCAAGAGCAGAAGAGAAAAGAGAAGGAAGAGAUAAAGAGGAAAAAAGAGAUGGAGGACCUCAAGAACUAUACAUCACUGAUGAAGUCUGAAAAUAUGAAGACUAAUGAGGACGGUUAUGAUUCAGAUGACUUCAUGUGAGAGGUGACCACCAGGCAGCAAGCACACAAAAUCCUCCCCCUUCAAUCAGAUCUGCUGUGAGGAUGCUCCCCUGCUGCUUUUGCUUGCUGUAACUCUGCAAAGACAUUAAGGAAAAACAAAUGGAUACCUUUUUUGCUUUUGGACACUUGGAGCAGAAAGCGAGCCAAUGAUGGACAGCGCCGGGACUUAACCCACAUGGUGACUGGUUCGAGACGCUGCUACCAAACCAAAUCUGGCUGGCUGGCCUCUUCAUCAAGGGACACUGUAGAAGGAACACAGGAGGACGAGAAUGCUGAGGAUUAAUUUGGGGGAGAAAACACUUAAAAACAAAACUGUGUUGAUUGGGUUUUGACGUCCAUGUCGACUGAUGCUGAUGUAUGAUACAACUGUUGCAUGGGUGGUGAAUAACCCUGCACACUUAUCUGCUAACAUUCUUCAUGUUGCCAUUUCUCUGCAUGUCUGAUUUUAUCGAGAGCAAUUCAGUGUUUGAAUUAGAAUCAGCAACCGAAGUCCUGUUUUUUUUUUUUUUUUAUAUCUCAUGCCAUUUAGCUAAAAUCACAUUUCCUAAAAGCUAAAAUAAAAAAUUGCGUAGUUUAAUCAUGAUCACAAGACAGUACUUGGUGUGCAUAGGAUUAAAAAUGCAAGUCUCACUCUCAUUCCAUGAAAGUGAUGAUGAACUAUAAGAGUUAAUUGUUGACCUUUUAAACUGUAGUUCAACAAAAAAUAAAUCUAAAGUUCUUAUCUUAUUUUAUCUUUAUCUUAUUUUUCACUAUCUUUUACCAGAACUUUUACACACAGCUCUCACAGUUGAUUUAACAUUGAUCUUGAGUUUGUUUGUUUGUUUGUUUGUUUUUUGUCAAACUGGACCAGUACUUCCAUCUCUUUUGUACUGCAUCUGCAGUACCAGUUUAAGCUGCAACACCAACAGAUGAGAAAUGUAGCAGCAGCAUGUAUUUAGACCUGCAGAUGUCUAUAGUCUGUCAACAGGAGAGAAGGUCGUAUCGGUUCUACUCUGUCCAAUAUUCUGUAUUUUCAAUAACUUUUAGAUUCUGCGCAUUUAGAAUAUAAACUGUUCAGGUUUAAAAAUAAAGCUGAAGGUUGUGUAAGUCUUCAAAUAUCAGUUUUGGGUUUUUUUGCCGUAUAGGUCGACACAUCUACCACCCUGGAUAUACUAAGAGAAUCUGCAGGUCUAAGAUGCUGGGGCUGUUAUCUCUCAAAAGAGACAGACACGUCCAUUUUUUUGACAAUGAUUCCCUGACUCUCCAUUUGUAGAGAAAGUGUUCUAAGUGUGCUAUGGUUCUAAGGUUGUUACAACCAGUAUCAUGAGGUGCUUUGCAUGUACAAUAAUAAAAAAAAAAAUGUUAUUACACUCAGUUUUGAGGUAAUGUCUGUAAUUUAGUUAAACUGCCAAGAUAUUAUGUUUCUUUUCUCCCAUAGUUCAAAUCAGAAUCAUACUACCAAGACAAGUGUUCUAUGAUGAUAAAUCAGCUAUUCAUAAAAUUGUAGCAGCAAAGAUUCUACAUACUGUAUCUAUAGCAGUAAAUCUAGGUGUAGGUAAUCAGUCAUUUAUAUAUUAUAAAAGAUCUGAUCAUGGGCUGUUUUAAGGGGUAAAGAGAUAUUGCCAUGUCUCGACAUUUGUCUGUCCUGAGUAUCUAAAAUGUAGCUUUGUUAUUAUUAUGACUACAUGUGCUGACAUUUGGAAUUAAAACCAUUUUUUUCCCUCUA